AUGACUUUCGACCCCGAAAGUGCUAAUAAAGCUGAAGGUGGGGCAUACGCCCUGAAGAUCUUCCAGGCCACUCUUAAUAUCCUGUCACAUCUGUUGAUCGGAAUUGUUGUGGGGGUGUCUCUGAUAUUCUCCUUUAGGAAUGGCUUACCGUUGGGAGCUACUAUGCUGCAUAUUGUUUUAUGUGUAGUGGGGUACCAACUUCUCAUGGCGGAAGCUAUCCUAAGUUUGUCAGCUGACAACGGCUGGUCUGGUGUUCUUCGCUUCAGGGACAAGCGCAGGGCGCACACCAUCUUGCAAGUCGUAGGUGCUGCUUUAGCGAUCGCUGGUAGCUUUAUUAAAAUUAUAGACAAGACCAGGAACUUCAACACCUUGCACGGACGAUUCGGUCUUGUGGCCCUAGUAUUUACAACCGUGAGUCUUGUGAAUGGCCUCACCUCGCUGUAUGCCUUCGAAUGGAGACGGUUCUGCCCUGGAAACAUUUCCAAAAUCACGCACAUCUGCUUUGGAAUUGUCGCGUUCGCUGCUUCUUCCAUCAGUCUAUGCUACGGUUUCGACAAGGUAUUCUUCCGUAUGUGGGCGUCUGAAGCCUUCACCAAUGCCCUUAUUGCAUUCACGGCGUGUUUCACUGCUAUCAUCAUCAUCAACCCCACCAUCAACUUCUUCAAGAAGAGUUACCAAUUAGUUAGCAAAUAA